AUAUGAGUGCACGCGGCACGGGUAUCGGGCCUCUUGUUUUCCCGCCGCCGUCAGUGUGCGUCGAUGCGCAUGCGCAGAAGCUCCCGCCGGACACCGCGCGAACAUACACACGGCUCGAGCACAGUGACCUGUCAUGGCCGACUUGGAUAAUAAGGAGCAGGCUGAGCUGGAUCAGGCUGAUAUGGAGGAUGUAGAGGAAGUGGAAGAGGAGGAGACUGGAGAGGACAGUAAAGCUCGACAGCUGACAGUACAGAUGAUGCAGAAUCCUCAGAUUCUGGCGGCGCUACAGGAGAGAUUGGAUGGACUUGUGGGUUCUCCGUCAGGAUACAUGGAGAGUCUGCCGCGGGUGGUGAAGCGGAGAGUGAACGCUUUGAAGAACCUGCAGGUGAAAUGUGCUCACAUUGAAGCCAAGUUCUACGAGGAAGUGCAUGAGCUGGAGAGGAAGUACGCUGCACUCUACCAACCUCUCUAUGACAAGCGCAGUGACAUCAUCAAGGCAGCGUAUGAACCCACAGAGGAGGAGUGUGAGUGGAAACAGGCUGAGGAUGAGGAGCUCUCAAGUGAGCUGAAGGACAAGGUGAAGGUAGAAGAAGAGAAGAAGGAUGAAGAGAAGGAGGACCCUAAAGGAAUUCCUGAGUUCUGGCUCACUGUAUUUAAGAACGUUGACCUGCUGAGUGAGAUGCUGCAGGAACAUGAUGAACCCAUACUCAAACACUUGCAGGACAUCAAGGUCAAGUUUUCAGACGCAGGACAGCCCAUGAGUUUUACGUUAGAGUUCCACUUUGAGCAGAACGAGUUUUUCUCCAACACGGUUCUCACUAAGACCUACAAGAUGAGAUCUGAACCUGACGAGUCCGACCCCUUCUCCUUCGACGGCCCUGAGAUCAUGGGCUGCACUGGGUGCACGAUUGACUGGACCAAAGGGAAGAAUGUUACUCUGAAGACCAUAAAGAAGAAGCAGAAGCAUAAGGGUAGAGGGACGGUGAGGACGGUCACCAAGACUGUCCCUAAUGACUCCUUCUUCAACUUCUUCUCCCCUCCUGAAGUACCAGAGAGUGGUGAACUGGACGAGGACUCGGAGGCCAUCUUGGCGGCGGACUUUGAGAUCGGUCACUUUAUCCGAGAGCACAUUGUGCCGCGUGCCGUGCUGUACUUCACCGGAGAGGCCAUUGAGGACGACGACGAUGACUAUGAUGAGGAAGGAGAGGAGGCUGAUGAUGAGGAGGGAGAGGAGGAGGCAGAUGAGGAGAACGAUCCAGACUACGACCCGAAGGUUUAAAUGGUGUGUGUGUAGCAUAGCACAAGCCCCGAAGGAUGCGAACCCGCCGGCGGAGUGUAAACAGCAGUGAUGGACACGCACUGCCCUGUGAUGGUGUAAAUCCCCUCCUCUGGUCCAGCCUUAUGUUUUGUAUUUCUCUAUUGGUAGAUUAAUCAUAAUUACUGACACCCACACAAAGUGCACACUCUGUGUGUGUCUGUGUCUCUCUCUCUCUCUCUCUCUCUCUCUCUCUCUCUCUCUCUCUCUCUCUCUCUCUCUCUCUCUGUGUGAACAGCAGCUGUGGCUCACUCACUGCAACCCCAAACCCACCCCUAUAUACACACCUACAUGCAGGAACAUUCCAGAAACAUGACUCAACACCAGCCAGGGCUACCUGCUCUCCGAUUGGCUGAAUCCAGACCUGUCCCAGGAAAUCAUUGGCUGGGAAACUAGUCAGGAUUUACAGCUCUGUGCAUUCCUGCUCACUGAUUGGCUGAAUUCUGCCAGUUUAGUGUGGAAUUGACUCCAGUCCCACCUGGGACACUUUCAGCUUGGUUUUAGCUCCACAUGCUCUGUGGGAGGAGCCACGUGGCCCUGACCUGUCAUUCCAGUGCAGUUAACUCCGCCCCAUGCCUUUCUUUAUUUUUAAAUUUAUUUUUUACUUUUUUUAUAUAGCUAGCAGCACUUCGGGGCCGUUGGAGGCUGAUAAAUUGUUCUGCUCUGUGAUUGGCUGAAUCCUGACAGUUUUCCUGUUCAUUCAGGAAGUAAAUAAAUCCCUAGCUGUGAAUAACUGAAGCCUGUGCUUCGAGUCCUAACCCUCCUGUGUGCUGGUUGGCUAAAUCCUGACUCACUUCCUGUUAGGACAGGUGUAGGGUAGGCUCUGCGCACAUGGUUGCCUUAUUGUCUGUAGUAGCAGUUCUGCCAGUCAGGAAUGUGAUGGGCUCCACCCCCAGCUGCUUCGGUUUAUUUUUGUUGUAGCACUUUAAGCAUCAGGUGAGAGAAAGCUGUGCUCUGAUUGGCGGAGUCAUCACCUGCUGUAUGGUGUGGAACUUGCUCCACCUGCAAUGGUGGUCAUUCUGUUAACUGUUCUGGUUAGCUGAAUUCUGACUUCCUUUCAUUCCGGUCCGGUAUGGAAGUGGCUUUGCCCACACACCUGUCAGACCCUGGCACAGGAAGCAUGCUGAGGUUUCAAAGGGGAACGGUUCUGUAAAGUUCUAAACUGGAUCUGAUCCUGAAGAUCAGCUUCUAAUACACACUAAUUCUGUGUUUUAUUAUUGUAGCACUUCAGCAUCUGAGUUGAAGUGUAGGAUUCAGACUGAGCUUUAACCUUUACCCUCACAUUGCCCCACCCACAAACAGCUUAACUUCACCCACCGCACCAGUUUGGACCAAUGAUGAGAGCAGUUUAGCAUGCUGACUCUGGAUGUGUUCUAGAUGAUAGUGGACCCAUGUUAGGGUGUGCAGUAGUGUGAAUUUCCCAUAAUUCCCUGCAUUUUGUGUGUGUGAGAGAGAGAGAGAGCUGCAGCUGCUGUUGAGACAGUCCUCCAUGUUACAGAUGUACUAAUGUACUCACGUGUACUCAUUCAAUAAACCGGUUCUACGUGCA